AGCAUCAACCCUAGUCCCCCACCUCCGGGCCGUGGAAGCGGCGGCCGGCGGCAUGGUGGAGGCGGCGGCGGAAUGCGCGGAGCUGGACGCCAGCAUCGCCCCCUCCCCCUACGGCGACGAGCGGACGCCGAGGGACGGGAUGGCGUUCAAGUCGUACGAGGAGGUGCUCAACUUCUACAAGCGCUACGCCCUCCGCACCGGCUUCGGCGUCUGCGUGAAGAAGUCGUCCUUCACCAAGGCCGGCCUCUGCCGCCGCCUCGUGCUCGUCUGCAACCGGUGGGGCGACGGCAAGGACGACGCCUGCUACCAGGCGAGGCCCACGGCCAAGACCAACUGCCAGGCCACCGUCGUCGCAAGGCUCUGGAGCGACGGCCUCCUGCACCUCACCGACGUCAGCCUCGACCACAACCACGCCCUGAACCCUUCCGCCGCGCGCUUCCUCAGGUGCUACAAGACGCUGCCGAGCGGGAUGAGCAAGGAUCUGGUGGUGAGGGCCGCCCGAGGGGAAUGCUCCACCUCCGGCGACGUCGAUGUCCCGGUCUUCGAUGAUUGGGGCAGGCUCAAGAUUGUGGAAGAUGACGUGGUGGCCAUCAAUGGCUUCUUCGCGGAGAUGCAGUCGAAGCAGGCCAACUUCUUCUAUGUCAUGGAUUUCUAUGUGGAAGGCCAUCUGAGGAGCGUGUUCUGGGCGGAUUCAAGAUCCAGGGCGGCACACCAGUAUUUCAACGACGCUGUUUGGAUUGACACAACCUGCUUGAGAAAUAAGUUUGAUAUCCCCCUUGUUUUGUUUCUAGGGGUGAAUCAUCAUGGUGAGCUUGUUUUGUUAGGCUGUGGCUUGCUCUCGGAUGAGAGCACGGAAAGCUUCCUAUGGCUGCUCAAGUCGUGGUUAACUUGUAUGAAGGGUUGGCCUCCGAAUGCCAUAGUUACGGAUGAGUGUGCCGCGAUAAAAGCCGCGGUUCGUGAGGUGUUUCCAAAUGCACGCCAUCGAAUAAGUGAUUGGCAUGUAUUAAGAAGUAUUUCAGAAAAGCUAGGAGAAUCAGCACAAUUUGAAGAAAUGAAAACCGAAUUGGAAACUAUAAUAUAUGAUUCCUUGAAGGACGAUGAGUUUGAGGCAAGGUGGAAGAAUUUGGUCAGUAGAUUUGGCCUUCAGGAUAACGAAUGGAUCACUUUUCUGUAUGAAAACCGCCCCUUAUGGGUCCCUGCCUUUCUGAAAGAUACCUUCUGGGCUGGGUUAUCUACUGUUAACCACCAUGAGAGUCCAAAUGCCUUCUUUGAAGAUUCAAUCAACCCAGAGACCAAAUUGGUGACGUUCCUUAGCAGCUAUGUGAAUCUUCUACAGAACAAAUACAAAAUGGAGGAAGAUGAUGAUCUUGAGUCAUUAAGUACAAACAGGGUGCUGGUAUCGAAGUUUCCUAUGGAAGAACAGCUAUCUAGAUUAUACACCUUCAAAAUGUUCACUAAACUCCAGAAUGAGCUGAACGCAACCAUGAACUGUGAGGUUCAGCUAGAUGGUUCAACAUCAUCCAUUGUUGUUAUUGAUUUAGCUGAGUCUGGCAGAGAAAUGGUGAAUAAAAAAUAUGAAGUUGUUCAUUGUAUGGAGACCGACAGGAUGGAAUGCAACUGUGGUCUGUUUCAGUUUAGUGGCAUUGUCUGUCGGCAUACAUUAUCGGUGCUUAAAUGGCAGCAAAUAUUUGAUAUACCCCCCUGUUAUGUACUUAACAGGUGGCGGAGUGACUUUAAGCAGCUCCACGCCUUAGAUAAUCCAUGGAAGGAUUUGGUAGCAAGUAACCAUAUUGAGCGCUAUGAUUAUGUUUCUUUGCAGUGCCUCCGUCUUGUUGAGAUUGGAGCAUCAUCAGAUGAGAAGUAUCAUCAUGCAUUAAAACUAAUAAGAGACAUACAAAGGACCCUUCUUGAUGAUAAUUUGUGCCGUGAAUUGGAGCAGAAACUUACACCAUCUGAACGUGCUAUUAAUGGUGACAGCCACAUGCAAGCUGGCUCGUCUGAGGGGGGGCCAGCUAAAAAGCGCCGUGGUCGUCCUCCCAAAAAGAGUAAAGAUACAAAUGUGGAGUCAAUGUCAAAUCAAUAUGCACAUAAGGAUUCCUUACUGGUAUCAUCUGACGUAAGUCAGAAGGAUGCUUUUCAUUCUUCUUCGACUGCCUCAAAUCUUGGUAACCAUGCGAGGACACAUGGUGUUGUUGAUCUUAUGGAAGAAGUUAAUCCAAAUGAGCUAUCUUUUGAUAGCCGUUAUGGGGUGCAGUCUAGCCACUCACACCAUUAUGGCAAUCAGCUUCAUCCAAGCAACACUUUGCAGUUUGGCCAGCCUACAUCAGCAGCAGAGCACUCUAGGGGAGUCCAGUGGGUGUAUCCAAAUAUAUUUCAGGAUGAUCAAGUGCCUUAUGGCAGACGGACAUGAUAGCAAUCAAAUACUGGGUUCAGAUGGUGCCAUUUCAGGUUUUUAUCAGACGUACAGGAGGAGGAAUUGUUUUCCAAGAAAGCAUACUCAACGGAGGCAAGAGAGCAUUGCCGUCUGGAUUUAGAGUAGCAGCUUCAUCUAACAUCAGAAUAAUCAGAACAUAGUAAUGUGGCACAAGCUUGUCUAUAGAAAAUUAGAAAUGUGGUCAUGUAAGCUUGAAAGUCUAACCAAGAGUACACCAUUAACAUGCAAAUUCUUUCGUUUUUCUUGUGCAUAUACCUGAGUGAUGAACAUUGGAAGUAAAGAAAAGGCCAAGCCUGGGGAUCAUUCUGCA